AUGGUUCGGAUUCUUGUGAAGGGUGGUGUGUGGAAGAAUACUGAGGAUGAAGUGCUAAAAGCUGCCAUCGCCAAGUACGGCAAGAACCAAUGGGCGCGUAUAUCUUCCCUCCUUGUCCGGAAAACGCCAAAACAAUGCAAAGCUCGGUGGUAUGAGUGGCUGGACCCGUCAAUCAAGAAGACCGAAUGGUCAAAGACGGAGGAUGAGAAACUUCUUCAUCUUGCAAAGCUGAUGCCUACACAGUGGAGGACAAUAGCACCGAUAGUAGGCAGAACAGCAACUCAAUGCUUGGAACGAUAUCAGAAGCUCCUAGAUGAUGCAGAGGCGAAGGAGAAUGAAGAAUUAGGAUUGGGUGGUCCAGGGGCCGAAGCAGGGCCUAGCGCCGAUGAUAUUCGAAAGUUACGACCAGGAGAAAUUGAUCCCGACCCGGAAACGAAACCUGCUCGACCCGAUCCUAUCGACAUGGACGAAGAUGAGAAGGAAAUGCUUUCGGAGGCCCGUGCACGCCUUGCCAACACACAGGGAAAGAAGGCUAAGCGGAAGGCAAGAGAGCGUCAGCUUGAGGAGGCUCGGCGGCUAGCAGUGUUGCAAAAGAAGCGAGAAUUGAAAGCUGCUGGUAUCAUUAUGCGUUACAAAACUAAGAAGAGGGGCAUGGAUUACAACACUGAUAUACCCUUCGAGAAAAAACCUGCCCCUGGAUUCUACGACGUAUCGGAAGAGGAUGCUCGUGCCCAAACUGCCCCCAUCGGUCAAAGUCUUCGUCGCCUCGAAAAUAAACGGAAACCUGAGGAAGAGGCCGCAGAAGCCAAGAAACGCGCACGGAAGAACGCUCCCAAGGAUGGCGAGCACCAAACAAAAUUCGUUGCCGCGCGUGACGCACAGAUUCAACGGCUAAAGGAGGCGGAACAGAUUAGUAAACGACGGAAGUUGGAGUUACCUGCUGCGCAAGUAGGUGAGACAGAAUUGGAGGAGAUUGUGAAGAUUGGGCAAGCGGGAGAGAAUGCAAGGGCGUUGUUGAGCUCGGAAAGUGAAGCAGCGCAGGCCAGUGGACGGCUGCUCGGAGAUUACGAAGGGUUCGACCGAGCGAAGAUGGCUCGUACACCGAGAACAGCACCUCAAGCGGAUACUGUUAUGGUUGAAGCACGUAAUCUUCGAAACAUGGUUACAGCUCAGACUCCGUUACUGGGUCACGAAAACACUCCCCUCCAUACGCCUAUCGAUGGUGGAACAGGCUUUGAAGGUGCUACGCCCCGCCAUUCUGUUGCUUUUACCCCUAAUCCCCUUGCCACACCCCUUCGCCAGCGCGGCGGCCCAUAUGACCCGUCUCAAACACCCCAAAGCGAAACCGGUACGACAGUUGGCGCCACACCGAUGCGCGACCGUCUUAGCAUCAACACAGAAGAUGGUCCUGAUGGAUUUAUCGAUGCUAAGCGAACGCUGAGACUCGGUUUCGCUUCGUUACCAAAGCCAUUGAAUGACUUUGAAAUAGAGAUGCCUGAGGAUGAGGGCCUGGAGGCGGGGGGAGAGGGGCAGGUGUUGACUGAGGAAGAUGCAGCCGAGCGGGAUGCGAAGAUGAAGCGUCAACAGGAGGAAGAGGCGCGCAUGGCACUGGCGAGAAGGAGCUUAGUUGUGCAACAGUCGUUGCCCCGGCCUGCAAAUGUGGAUGUCACAGAUCUUUUGGACCGAGUCACUGCCGCCAAUGAGGAGAGGGACCCUGUACAGCAAAUGAUCGAUGUUGAGUUCGUGAACCUCAUGGAGCAUGAUUCGAUUGCCCAUCCGAUACCUGGUACAGCUCAUCCUGGUGGUACCCAAUCUUCUUAUGCGCAUCCAGAAGAUGAUGCUAUGACGGUUGCUCGUUCGGCGAUCCACACGGAAUUGGCGAAGACGCUUGGGUUCCCUGAUGCGAAUGCGGAGCAGAUCAAGCAGGGGAUCAACCUUAUCGUAAAGGAGGAAGAUGUUGAUCUUGACGCAUAUGGAUGGGCGAAGAUUCGUUCCAGGUUGUCAUACGACGCUCAGAGACGUGUUUGGAUUGAGCCAAAUGAGCUGACGACUGAAGCCAGGGUCGCCGGGCUUGCGGUUUUACUUGAAGAGGAACGCGACGAGAUGACUACGAAUGCCACCAAGGCGUCCAAGCUGGAGAAGAAAUUAGGGAAGUUGCUGGGAGGGUACCGAGCUCGCUCAGAUGUGCUUUCGAAGAGGGUGUCUGAAGCAUUCGCGGAGCUACAAAAGGUGUCGGUGGACUUUGAGAGCUUCUCGCGUUUGAACAUGAACGAGCAAGCGGUGGGCCCUAGGCGUGUCGAGACGUUGAAGGAAGAAGUUGCACAGUUGGAAAUAAGAGGAAGAAUGUUGCAGCUUAGGUUCAAGGAGUUAGAUGAGGAGAAGAGGGAGAUUGGUACGAGAGUGGAGGCCAAGCAGGAGGCUUUGAUGAUGAGUCUCGAGGAGGUGAACGAGGUGGCGUUGUCGGCGGCCUGA